GAUAUCAAUGCAAGCCUGAAUAAGAAAAAGAAUUUCUCCCUCCUAAGCCAUGGCAUAUCAGUUGUACAGAAAUACCACUUUGGGAAACAGUCUUCAGGAGAGCCUCGAUGAGCUUAUACAGUCUCAACAGAUUACCCCCCAGCUUGCCCUUCAAGUUCUACUUCAGUUUGAUAAGGCUAUAAAUUCAGCGUUGGCACAGAGGGUCAGGAACCGAGUCAAUUUCAGGGGCUCUCUAAAUACAUACAGAUUCUGCGAUAAUGUGUGGACUUUUGUAUUGAAUGAUGUUGAAUUCAGAGAGGUGACAGAACUUAUUAAAGUGGAUAAAGUGAAAAUUGUAGCCUGUGAUGGUAAAAAUACUGGCUCCAAUACUACAGAAUGAAUAGGAAAAAAAUGGCUUUUUAAUGCCAUCCUGUUAUUGUUCAUCGCUUUUUGAAGAGAAGCAUAGAAGAGACUUUUUUUUUAAUUUAUUCUAGCAUUGCAGAAAUGACUACACUGUGCCGUACUAUCAGAGAAUUCCAGUAGAAAGAAGCUUAUAAUUCUGUACCUUGUUACAUUACCUUAUUAUACAGCAUGAAGAAACAGAACUUUUUUUUAAUGACAAAUCAAACAUUGUGGCCUUCCUAAGACCAUUCUUUAAUAAAUUCAUUUUAAAACUCAA